AACAGUGAGAGGCGUUUAGAGCGUUUAGAGUGGGGAUAAUUGAAUUAAAUGAUCAGAAUGAAAAAUUAACCAAAUCUCUGGCCGAUGCCAAGACAAAAAUCAAAAAUCUCCAAGAUGCAGAUGAACUUGGAACAGUUGCGACAUUCCGACUCGGAGGUUCGCUGGCAAGACGACGAUGAUGUCUCCAAUUGUCCGGCAUGCAAAAGUUAUUUUACUGUGCCCGUUCGCAAAAUCCAUUGUCGUCAUUGUGGCCAUAUCUACUGUGAUAAGAGUAUAACCAAAACGGUGCAAUCCGGGCCACGUAAGCGGCCGGCCCGUGUCUGUGACAUUUGCCAUACGUUGCUGAAACCGCAUAUAGCUCCAUAUUUUAGUCAAGAAUCGGCGGUGCAAUCACAACAGGCGGCCUCCAAUAACACCUAGUGUGCGUAAGGUGGUGUUGGCACGUCAAACUCAUUUUCUAAUUUUAUGUGGGGGAUUUUGGUUGACGUUUUAAAGAAUUUAAGGAUAGUUUUCGUAAAUUCCUGUAUUUUAAACAUAUGUAUGUCAUAGAAACUUUUAACUUUGUAAAAGUUAAAAUAAUUUUUUCUUCUAAAAAAAAAAUUCUGAGAUAUUCAUUUUUUUUACAAUUUAAAGCCAAAUUUAUUUAAAAAGAAAUUGAAAAAAAAGAAAACAA